AUGAGCGUGGAUAAGAUGCAGGAUGAGAAGGUUGAGCGGAGUGGGAGUGAGGGGUUUGAAGAGGGGCUAAUGGAGGAUGCGAAGGCGACGAGUGGGUUGUUAUUUAAGAUGGAUUCUCGCAUCCUCCCGGUUCUUGCGCUGCUUUUCCUGUGCUCGUUUAUUGAUCGCACAAACGUGGGCAAUGCAAAGAUUUUGGGAUUGGAGAAGGAUCUUCACCUUACGGACCACCAGUAUGCUAUUGGUCUUUGCGUGUUUUACGCUACAUACAUUGCGAGUGAACUCCCGUCCAAUUUGGUGCUGAAAAAGGUAUCGCCAAAGAUAUGGUUGCCCUUUCUCACAGCCAUCUGGGGUAUUUUGACCAUGUGUUUGGGAUUUGUAACGAAUUUCGCGUCUUUUGCUACUGUUCGCGCGCUGCUUGGAAUCGCAGAAGGAGGCCUACUGCCUGGAAUGGUGCUAUAUCUCUCACACUUUUAUCGCCGACAGGAGCUCGCUCUACGGAUAGGCAUCUUCUACACUGCAGCCUCCCUCUCCGGUGCUUUUGGCGGACUCCUCGCUCGAGGCCUCAACGCUAUCGGUCCAGCAGGCGGACUCGAAGGCUGGAGAUGGAUCCUGAUAGUUGAGGGCUUGAUAACCGUUUUCGUCGGCGCAUGCUCCGCCAUCUUCCUCCCCAACUCAAUCGAAUCAGCCGGUUUCCUUACUCCCUCCGAAAAAGCCCACGCCCGGUUCCGACUCGGUGAAGCAUCCGCCUCGCACGAACGCUUCGACUGGGCCGAAAUCAAACGCGGCGUCUUCAACCUCCAAGUCUGGCUCACAGCCACGGCCUACUUCUCCAUCCUCUCAGGCCUCUACUCCUUCGGCCUCUUCCUCCCCACAAUCAUCAACAACGGCUUCGCCAAGGACCCCAAUAAAGCCCAGCUCUGGACCGUCAUUCCUUACGCCGUCGCUUCCGUCUUCACCGUCCUCGUCGCCAUUCUCUCCGACCGCCUCGCCCUCCGCGGCCCAGUCAUGCUGUGUACCCUCCCCAUUGCCAUCAUCGGCUACGGCGUCAUCAGCCAAUCGACAAACCCGAAAGUGCAGUACGGAAUGACGUUUCUCAUGGCUACAGGCAUGUUUUCAUCCGUCCCGUGUAUCCUCUCUUGGAACAGCAAUAAUUCUGCUGGCCACUACAAGCGUGCGACUACGUCGGCGCUGCAGCUUGCGAUUGCGAAUGCGGGUGGUUUCGUCGCGAGCUUUACGUAUCAGAAGAAUGAGAAGCCGCAUUUUCAUAAGAGUCAUAGCAUUAUGCUGGGAUUGCUAUGCGCGGCUUGGGUUUUGGUCGCAGCGAACGUGGCGUGGGUGUGGAAGAUUAACCGCGAUAAGGCGAGUGGGAAGUAUGCGGAGUUUGAAGGACGAGGAGAUGAUCGGGAUCCGGCGUUUAAGAUGGUGAUGUAG